GAUCUGAAAGGCCCUUGAGGCACAGAGAACAGGAGAAAAAACAGCUGCAACAAAAGAAUGUGUUUCUCCCCCAUUCUGGAAGUCAACAUGCAGUCUGAAUCUAACAUCACGGUUCGAGAUGACAUUGAUGACAUCGACACCAACAUGUACCGACCACUGUCAUAUCCAUUAAGUUUUCAAGUUUCUCUCACUGGAUUUUUGAUGUUAGAAAUUGUUUUGGGACUUGGCAGCAACCUCACCGUGCUGGUACUUUACUGUAUGAAAUCCAACUUAAUCAAUUCUGUCAGUAACAUAAUUACAAUGAACCUUCAUGUACUUGAUGUAAUAAUUUGUGUGGGAUGUAUUCCUCUAACUAUAGUUAUACUUCUGCUUUCACUGGAGAGUAACACUGCUCUCAUCUGCUGCUUCCACGAGGCUUGUGUCUCUUUUGCAAGCGUUUCAACUGCAAUCAACGUCUUUGCUAUUACUCUGGACCGAUACGACAUCUCUGUAAAACCUGCUAAUCGAAUUCUGACCAUGGGAAGGGCUGUGAUAUUAAUGACAUCAAUAUGGAUCAUUUCACUUUUUUCCUUCCUGAUUCCUUUCAUUGAAGUCAACUUUUUCAGCCUUCAAAGUGCAAGUACUUGGGAAAAUAAGACACUUCUGUGUGUGAGUACAAAUGAGUACCACACUGAGCUAGGAAUGUACUACCACCUUCUCGUUCAGAUUCCGAUCUUUUUCUUCACUGUUAUAGUAAUGCUAAUUACAUACACCAAAAUACUCCAGGCUCUAAAUAUUCGGAUUGGUACAAGAUUUACCACGGGACAAAAAAAGAAAGCUAGAAAGAAAAAAACUAUUUCUUUGACCACUCAGCAUGAGACUACAGAUGUGUCCCACAGCAGUGGAGGAAAAAAUGUAGUCUUUGGCGUAAGGACUUCUGUGUCUGUCAUAAUUGCUCUACGCCGAGCUGUAAAACGGCACCGGGAGCGACGAGAACGGCAAAAGAGAGUCUUCAGAAUGUCCCUCUUGAUUAUCUCAACAUUCCUUCUCUGCUGGACACCCAUCUCUGUUUUAAACACCACCAUCUUAUGUUUGGGCCCAAGUGACCUUUUGGUAAAGUUGCGAUUAUGUUUUCUAGUAAUGGCAUAUGGAACAACUAUAUUUCACCCUCUACUUUAUGCAUUCACAAGGCAAAAGUUUCAGAAAGUUCUGAAAAGUAAGAUGAAAAAGCGAGUUGUUUCAAUAGUGGAAGCAGAUCCCAUGCCAAAUAACGCUGUAAUACACAACUCAUGGAUAGAGCCUAAAAGGAACAAAAAGAUCACCUUUGAAGACAAAGAAGUAAGGCAGAAAUGUUUAGUACCUCAGGUUGUCACUGACUAGAUUUCAGUAUUCACCAAAACACAUCAAGUGGAAUAUUUGAACAAAUCAUAGAAAAAUACUGCCAAAUAAGAAAAACUUUUUUUAACUAUUGGCGAGACUGUAAAUUUUCAAUAUAUAUGUUAAAUAGAGUAGGUCUUGUAUAUUCAAUUUCUUCAUUAUGUAAGAUAUAUGUUGCAUGGCCGUUUGUUAGCGUAACAUCAUGUGUAUAUUUGUCAAAAAUAUUCAAGUCCUCUUUUUUAGAAAAUAAAUAGCCUUAAAGAAGUGCAAA